ACCAUAUAUAACAACAUGGCGUAUGUUUGACAAAUCGCUUUCAAUUCCGGGACGGUUUCGUGUCGCGCGCUUGGAUUAUACAUCAUUUGUCAACGUUUCUUGGUGCUACAUAAUAAGUUUUCGUCAAGUGUGCUCUUGACGCAAAUUCAUAAGCAGUUUCUGUUGCGGCUUUUCGUCUAAAUUCAGUCGAAACAAAAGUUUCAAACUGCCCGUCGCGUCGUAAUGAGUUUUGGAAGCGCCACGGAACGGCAACGACACCAUACGAACCGAAAUAUUCAGGCCGGCGGCAGUGGUGGUGGAAGUAGCACAGAUUGCAGUAGAAGCAGCGGCAGUGGCGAUAGGAACGGUGGCGCUUCCACGACAGUCGAAAUCGGGAACGAGAACAUGACGGCGGCCGCGGCGGCGACAACAUCAAGUGAUGUGGUGACCGAAAAAAGUAGUGAAAAACACGCGUCCGUGACCUCCACGUCUUCGAAAAAAGUUCGGCGGGCAUUCUCGAUGCCGCGUAAUCCUUUUCGAUGGUCCCGUAAGUUCAGAACGAACAGCAAUAAGGAAGUGACGAGCAGCGAUGCGUCCAUCAGCACCCCGGGGAGUAAGAAGAGCGGGCGUGUAGUCGAAAAACACAGCCAACUGUCGUCAGAGGAGCAGUUAGCAAAUAGCAACAACGACCGUGAUUGCAUGCUAAUUCACUUGCCCGGUGAUCCAGAUAACAGUGCGGGCAGUGAGUCGUCGAACAAGAAAUCGCAGUCUCAGCGGAGUGAAAGCAUCACCAGUGCCGCGAACCGAGUCCUGCGGCGCUCCUCCUUCCGGAAGUUCCUGACAAGGAUUGCACAACACGUGACAUCGGUCAGCAUUGGAACCAACAAACAUUCAUCUACGUCAAACGUACCAGACAGGGUGCCACCUAUUGGUGGCUAUCAAUGGCCACCAGAUCAAACGCCUGGCGUAACUGGCCUUAAAAAUCAUGGAAAUACAUGUUUUAUGAAUGCUGUACUGCAGUGCCUAAGUCAUACCGAUAUAUUGGCGGAAUAUUUUGUGUUAGAUCAAUACAAGGCGGAUCUGAAACGUCGCAAUAAAUUAAAUUCGAGGAAAUUCGGAACCAAAGGUGAAUUAACAGAACAAUUGGCGAACGUCUUGAAGGCUUUAUGGACUUGCAAAAAUGAGUCGGAUCAUAGCACGAGUUUUAAGGCUGUCGUCGAUCGUUACGGGUCUCAGUUUCGCAGUUCAACACAACAUGAUGCUCAGGAAUUUUUAUUUUGGUUACUAGAUAAAGUACACGAGGACUUAAACACGGCAACGAAAAAACGUUAUAAGACGAUAAAGAAUAGCUAUGGUCGUCCAGAUGAAGUUAUCGCUGCUGAAACGUUGGCAAAUCACAUAAGGUGCAACAACUCGUUCGUUCAAGCCGUUUUUCAAGCACAAUUUCGCUCCUCGCUUACCUGUCCACGAUGUCACAAGCAGAGCAAUACAUUCGAUCCUUUCCACUGUAUAUCAGUACAAUUACCACAACUUUCUCAACAAACGAUUUUCGUGAACGUCGUCUACAUUACACAGCAUCCACGCCAAGUGAAACUGGGCCUCACGGUCCCCGCGGGAUCACCGAUAGUUGCCUUGCGCGAACAACUACAUGCCGAUACAGGGAUUGCAGUAAACGGCAUGGUUCUAGCGGAAAUAAAUAGUACUGGAUUUUCUCGAGUAUUUUGUGAUUCACAACCAAUAUCAAUGCUUGAAGGGAUCGAUUCAGUGUAUUGUAUCGAAAUUCCUGAAAUGAAAGAAGAAACGUCGGAUCUAAUGUUGCUUAUAGCGAAUGUUCGACGGAACAUGGAGAAUAAUACUGUGGAACGAUUUGGCACUCCAUUCUGUAUACAAGUUAACCGUGAUUGUUCGUAUGUUGAACUGCAAAAGAAACUUCUCAAAGAAAUGUCGGCUGUCUUAAAACCAGAAGUGUUCGCCUAUACAACCCCAGUUUCGGAUAUGUUCCAAAUUAGAAUACAGGAUCCGUCGGCUGAUCCAGAUACUUAUUUGGAACAAGUGGAGCAUCCCCUUUUUAUGGAAAUAAUCGACAUGGCGCUAUCAGUAUUAUCAUCGGACGCAGGACCACCGCAUGUGAAAUUAUUGCUGGAGUGGGCUGACCCCGAAAGCUUUUUCUCCGAUAUGAGUGAUCCAAUUGUAGAACAUGAGAGUGUUGCACAACUAAAGAAAAAUACCACCAAUUCGGUUCCACUAAGCCUCGAGCAAUGUUUGGAGCAUUAUACAAAGGCUGAAACGCUGAGUGCAGAAAACGCUUGGCGUUGUCCGAACUGUCAACAAUAUCUUCCAGUUGUUAAAACGUUAGGCUUAUGGUCGUUGCCAGACAUUCUGGUCGUACAUUUCAAACGUUUUCGGCAGCAGCACGAAAAAGGUGCAGACGCUGCAAAACUUACAACCAUGGUGAAAUUUCCUUUGAAUGCGUUCGAUAUGUCCCCACAUUUGGCGCGAGGUGCGUGUUCAUCUAGUGAUUCCUUAAAUAGGGACGAAAACGGGGGACGACCGCAGGGAAGUCCAUGGCGAAAAAUGACUCGCGAUCAUUUACGUAACAAUAAAGAUAGAGAUAAAGAGCUGAAAGAUAAUCGUUAUGAUUUGUAUGCUGUGUGCUAUCAUCAAGGAGACACACUUGAGACGGGGCAUUAUACAGCUGCUUGUAAAAAUCCAUAUGAUCGACAGUGGUACAAAUUCGAUGACCAAAGAGUUAGUCAAGUCCCAGCUGAUCAAGUGGAAGAGCAAAUUAUCAACAAUGAGGCAUACAUUUUGUUCUACCAAAGGCGAAAUAUUGAUAAUUCCGAAUGUUCAGGUACGAGUUCGACUUCUGGAGAUCACUGGGUCUCACGCAUAGCUCCCUCUUCGGUUCCUGUGACAAAUUCGCAGGUGACGGCGAACCCAAACGCAAACACUGUUGCAGGAGCUGCAACUAAUACUUCAAUGACGAAUGAAAAGCUAAAUGGGGAGAAUGAAGACGAAACCAAAGCUCCCAUCGAAGUCAAAUCAGAUGUUACUAACAAGCUGAUAUCCAACCAACUUUCGGAUACAGUUGUGAUCGAAAAAACCAACGAAACAGAAUUAGUUGACGUAGAAGAAAUCGAAUAUGCAGACGAAAAUGAUGAUGAUGAACUAAAAGAAAAUUCCAAAGAUGCAAUUCCAGAGUCACUGACUACUCCAACGAAACCAAUACAAGAGGAGGAAGUGACAAUUCAUGCAGAAGACGUCCCGGAAUUAUCGAAGUCUUCUAUCCAUCAAGAUCUAAUACGACCGAAUAUACGUAAAACAGUAGCAGCCAGCUUCCCUGAAUACACUCCACAGCCUCUGUGGCCUACCAGCUCCCAUACGUCGGUAAAUGAAUUGACAGCACAACUUCGACGGAACGAUUUCAAUUGCAUACACCAUCAUCAUUAUAAUUCGGAUACAGAUAGUAGCAGCAAUUGUGCCAAUCUACGUCAUUCUUUUUCCACCAGCUCAAAUUAUAAGCUUAAAGAAUGCGACGCAAUCUCUUCCAUGCUACGAAACACAGCGGCAGCUAGUUCUUGUAGCAAAGACACGUUGCUGUACAUUGAUCAACAAGGUCACAGUUUAAUAGAUGAGGACGAUUCUUCGUAUUUGGGAAGCCGAUCCUUAUGGAUAUCACCAGUAACGCCUCAUAAAUUGAUAACAGUUUCACCAAAAAAUUAGUCGUUUCAUUUAUCUUAAUCCUCUUCCUAAUUUUAUUCACAUAACUAUUUUUUUAGAAUAAUUUAAUGUGAGAUUUCGAUUUUACGAACGAUUUCAAGGGAAUAAAAAAGAGCACUUGGAGUGAACAUCCCGUUAUUUGAUAAUUACAUUGUAUUUUGAUUACCACCAAAAAUUGUAUAUAGGAAAGUACACCCAAUUAAUAUAUUGAACAUUGAAGUUAGAUAAAAUCUGAUAAUAAAAUAAGAGAAAUUUUAAUAUAUUGACUAUAUUAUGGAAUCAUUGAUUUAAAUACGAAAUAUAGAAUCUGUAGAAUGUCCCUUUCAAACAGAAACAGCACGAUAUGAAAAAAAUAAAGACUUUGAAAGAGUGAAAACAGAAUAAAUGCUAUAACGUAAAAAUAAUGAAGAUCUACCCAAUAUAUUAGGAGAGAAACAGGAUUAUAAUUGUAGAAACAAAAAACAUUUAGCAUUAAUAGCGUUAUAAAACCGAAUAGAGUACAAUCAGGAUAUGAAAACAAGAGAAAAAUACGAAACCAACAAAAUCAUGUGCAUAAAACGUUUUACUGUUUUUGAUUUCCAAUUUAUCCUAGAUUUACAUUUAUGUAAAGAUUUAUUUUAUCUAUUUAAAUUAUUUAUAUAUUAAAACAUAGCAAGUUUCCGAGAAAUAAAAG